AAAGGACACCUUUACGCGGCGCCCGAAUCCCGUCCCUGAAUAUUGUAUAUCCAGGACGCCUUUCCACCGGACAAGGUCAACAUUGCCUCUUGAUCUCUAGUACAGAUCAAUGCUACUCUCCUACACUCAUUGAUUGCUGCUAGCCAUAGCUGAAGCUUAUUUCGUUUGGUGCUUUCCCUCCUUCUUUAACCCUUCAUCAUGUCGCAAGUGGGAUCGGCGCGAAAACGAAAGGAUGCUUCGAUACCAGUAAAGGCAAAGGAUGCUUCAUCCACGGGCAUUGCAGCUCCUCGAGACGCGGAGCUUGAUGCUAUAGUCAAAGCCAAUACGGGGAAGAAAUCAGUGGAAUGGAAUUAUCGGUUCGCUUUGAUCAUAAUCACGGUUCUGGCGUUUAUCACAAGGUUCUGGGGAAUCAGCCAUCCCAAUGAGGUCGUCUUCGACGAGGUUCAUUUUGGCAAGUUUGCCUCAUAUUAUCUCGAGCGAACCUACUUCUUCGAUGUGCAUCCUCCCUUUGGAAAGCUACUCUUCGCGUUGAUGGGCUGGUUUGUGGGAUAUGAUGGACAUUUCCAUUUCGACAACAUUGGCGAUUCGUACAUCAACAACAAGGUACCAUAUGUGGCUUUCCGCGCAAUGCCCGCUCUUUUGGGUGCCUUGACGGUCCCGGUGGUCUUCGAUAUCAUGUGGGAGUCUGGAUACACCCUCCCCGCCUGCAUUCUUUCGGCUUGUUUGGUUCUGUUCGAUAACGCCCACAUUGGCCAGACCCGCCUGAUCCUCCUCGAUGCCACGCUUGUAUUUGCUAUGGCAUGCAGUCUGCUUUGCUAUAUCAAGUUUUACAAGCUGCGACAUGCGCCAUUUGGACGAAAGUGGUGGAAGUGGCUUCUGUUGACUGGAUUCGCCCUCAGCUGCGUUAUCUCCACUAAGUAUGUUGGCCUGUUUGCCUUCAUCACGAUUGGUUCGGCGGUUGCGAUCGACCUUUGGGGCCUUUUGGAUAUCAAUCGUCGUCAAGGCGCUCUGUCUCUGCCGGAAUUCGGCAAGCAUUUUAUGGCUCGUGCCUUUGCGCUCAUUAUUGUUCCUUUCUUUUUCUAUUUAUUCUGGUUCCAGGUGCACUUUGCGCUCCUGUAUCGAUCUGGUCCUGGUGACGAUUUCAUGUCCCCUGAAUUCCAGGAGACUUUAAGCGACAAUGUUAUGUUGGCUAAUGCGGUGACCAUCGAUUACUACGACAACAUUCAAAUCCGACAUAAGGAGACCGGCGGAUAUCUACACAGUCACCCUGACAGAUAUCCACUGCGAUACGAAGAUGGCCGAGUAUCGAGUCAAGGACAGCAAGUCACUGGAUAUCCAUAUUCUGAUGCCAAUAAUCACUGGCAGAUUAUUCCCCUGGUAGAUGACGAAGUCCUGGGCCAUCACGUUAAGAACAACGAACUUGUCCGACUGAGACACGUUGUUACCAACACGAUUCUCCUGUCUCAUGAUGUUGCAUCUCCAUACUAUCCUACUAAUCAAGAGUUCACAACGGUCUCUCUUGAAGACGCCCUCGGUGAUCGUUUCAACGACACUCUAUUCGAAAUUCGAAUCGAGAAUGGCAAACCCGGACAAGAAUUCAAAAGUCUUUCGGGUCAAUUUAAACUCAUCCAUAACCCUAGCAAGGUUGCUAUGUGGACCCAUUCAACUCCUCUACCAGACUGGGCUUACAAGCAACAAGAAAUCAAUGGGAACAAGAAUCUUGCCCAGAGCUCCAACAUUUGGUUCGUCGACGAGAUCCCAUCUAUCCCUGCGAAUAGCGAGCGCUUGAUCAAGAAAGAACGCAAGCCCAAGAGUAUGCCUUUCCUCAAAAAGUGGUUCGAGUUACAGCGGGCUAUGUUCUUUCACAACAAUGCCUUGACGAGCAGCCACCCAUAUGCUAGCGAGCCUUAUAUGUGGCCAUUCUUGUUCAGAGGUGUUAGCUUCUGGACGCAGAACGAUACCAGACAGCAAAUCUACUUCCUUGGAAAUCCGCUUGGGUGGUGGAUUGCUAGCAGUCUAUUGGCAGUCUAUGUUGGUAUCGUUGCAGCAGACCAGCUGUCACUUCGUCGUGGGGUUGAUGCUCUGGACAAGCGCACGCGGUCACGCCUCUACAACUCAACCGGAUUCUUUUUCCUAGCGUGGGCCAUGCACUAUCUCCCAUUCUACCUCAUGGGUCGCCAACUCUUCUUGCAUCACUACCUGCCGGCCCACUUAGCAUCCGCUCUAGUCACCGGUGCUCUCCUUGAAUUCAUCUUCAACGUCGACCCGGACCUCGACGACAGCCCGUCCGCCAAACUCGGCAAGAAGGGUGUUCCCAAGAAGCACCUCCCAGCCCGCGAGAAGCUCGCGAACCAAGAUCUCCUCUCGUGCUGGGCAGCAGUGGGCGCCAUCAUCGCGAUCAUUAUCGGAGGAUGGUAUUUCUUCCUGCCUUUGACAUAUGGAUACCCGGGCCUCACGGUGCCCCAAGUCAACGCUAGGAAGUGGAUGGCGUACGAUCUGCACUUUGCGAAAUAGAUAGGUGGCUAGAUGACGGACGAUGGAAUGGUUCCUUUAAAUAGUUGAGGGUGGCAAAAAAAUGGAGAAAAGGAUAUGUAUGAAAUGGAGUGCGGCCUUCUCCCUUCGAUUAGCGAUUGCAUUUG